GUUUGCAUUUCCGUUCAUUUGUAGAAAAUUUAGGUUAGCGUUUAUUAAAAAUUUGUGUUCGUGUAAGAGAAAGUGAUCAUCGAUGUUAAUAUUAUGUGUUAAAAGUGACACGAGAAUGGUUUUAUAGCAGUGCUUCCGUAAACAAGAUGAACCUAUUAGCAUGUCUCCUUUGCGCGUCCUCUGUUCUAAUGUGCCACGCGAGCCAGCUUAAUAAUGGUGGAAACAAAAAUGCAAUUUCUAUUACAAACCCUACACUCGAAGCUAUAAAUGGGACGCCAAAUUACAGACUGCUGAAUCCUUUUAGAGCUACACCAUGGUAUCCAGAAAGAGAGAUGAAACUAGACAGCUGUGUGAGAAAAGCUCAUUGCGAGCAGCUGGAUAAGCUGACCUGUUUAGGUGCCAAACUAUCUUAUGACAAAACCAGCGUACAUCUAACUUUUUAUGAGACUCAAAAUGAAAUUCAGAUGCAGCUGGAACAGUACAAGGAGUUGAUAAAUGUGCCAAAAUGCUGGGCGGUCAUACAGCCUUUACUCUGUGCGACUUUCAUGCCAAAAUGCGAGGAGAUUCUCGGUCAAGACAUGGUGUACUUGCCUUCCUACGAGAUGUGCAAAAUCACCAUGGAACCUUGCGCAAUACUGUAUAAUACCUCAUAUUUUCCAUCCUUUUUGAAAUGCAAUUCUACACUGUUUCCGUCUCGAUGCGAUAACGCUGGGAGAGAGAUGAAGUUUAAUACGACUGGGAAAUGUUUGCCACCACUUAUACAUACCAAUAAACAGUUACAUUUUUAUGAAGGGAUGUCAGGUUGUGGGCUGCCGUGCCGUGAUCCUCUGUACACCGAAGACGAGCAUCAGCAGAUACACCGACUAGUCGCCUGGUGCGCGUGCACUUGCUUGGCCCUCAACUUAUUGACGGUGGCUACCUUCCUCAUAGAUUGGCGGAGCUCUAACAAAUAUCCCGCACUUGUUAUUUUUUACAUCAACGUGUGCUUUGCUGUUGCAUCGAUGGGAUGGCUCGUACAGUUUGGCGUUGGGUCUAGAGACGACAUAGUUUGCUCAAAAGAUGGGACCAGGCGGCAAGGAGAACCUUCUGCUGAAGAAAAUUUGUCGUGUGUUGUUGUUUUUGUAUUGGUAUACUACUUCAUGAUGGCAGCUUGUGUGUGGUUUGUUAUAUUCACAUACGCAUGGCACAUGAGUUUUCGAGCAUUAGGCAAAAUCCAAGACAGAAUAGACAAAAAAGCGGCAUACUUCCACCUAGUGGCGUGGUCUCUCCCGCUAAUCUUGACGAUCGCGACCAUGGCCUUCGGCGAGGUGGAUGGCAGCAGCGUGACCGGGAUAUGUUUCGUGGGAUACGUCAACCAUCCGAUGAGGGCUGCUUUGUUGUUGGCGCCGUUGUCGGUGGUGCUGGUGCUUGGAGGAUACUUCUUAUUGAGAGGUAUGUUCUCCUUGAUAGCAGUACGAGUGUCCAGCAAGGACGUGAUAUCGCCCCGCGCCGCCAACAAGAUCCGCCAGACCAUCACACGCUGCUCCAUCACGGCCACCCUGGUCGCCGUGUUCAUCUGCGUCACCUUCGCCUGCCAUAUCUACGAGUUCAGGAAUGCUGACCUUUGGAAGGAUUCGUUUAAGAAGAAUAUCAUAUGUCGUCUAGAAGCCCUAAAGGACAGCAGCAAAGAGUGCUUGGGCGACGUGCGUCCUUCAGUGUCGGUGCUACAACUACGGCUGCUGUGCUGCUUCGCGGCCGGCGCGCUCAUGGCCACCUGGACCUGGACGCCCGCCGCCGCCGCCGCCUGGCGCCGCUACCUGGCCCGGAAGUUUGGGUGCUCAGUGGAGGCAGAGGUGACGCGGCGCGCGCGCAAGCACGAACUCAUCGCACGCGCAUACCGUCGUCGCGGAGAGUUCGCGGCGCGCGGACGACUGUCCAUAUCGCUGGGAGGCAGCCGGCAAGACCCGGUCGGGCUCUGUCUGGACCACACCUCGCCUAUCGACUACCCGGACGACGCCAAGCAUGAGAGUUUGUGUUUCCGCAGCGCGGAGCUGUCGUCGUCGUGGGCGGCCAACCUGCCGCGCUUCGUGCGCCGCCGCGACGCGCUCGUGCUGCCGGCGCACCACCACUCGCUCAGCUCCACGCCCGACCGCCGCAACUCACAGGAUUCCCAGAUCAGCAUCAGCCUCCGCCACGUCUCCGUCGAGUCCCGACGCAACUCCCUCGACAGCCAACUUUCAGUCAAAAUCGCGGAAAUGAAAACAAAAGUCGGCCGACGUCGCACCAAACACACUAAAGCCAAGCGCAAGGCCCGCGCCGCCAGCGCUCGCAAAGAAAGCACCCCCUCCAUCGAGAGCCAGAUCAGUCGCUACUGGCUCCAGGCCGUCGCGGCCAACAACGAUCCGUCCCGGGAGGAGGUAAAGUUCAGUUUCGAUUGAUUCUAAAUACGAACGUGUAUUAUUUUCGGUUUCAAUUGCUACUCUAUCGCAGCUCCUUAUAUCAGCGCGAUCGACGAUGCUGAAUCGAAUGAUUGCAUAUCAUUGAAUUGAAUAGAACGUGCGCGUGCGCAAAUCGAAUCGAGUCGUUUACCUUUAAUACUAUUUAUUUUAAUUUAGCGUGUAGGUUUACCAGUUCAAAUUAGUAUGUCCAAAGGUAUUUAUCCAUGUGAUAAGUUUUUAUUGUCAGAAUACAAUUUGACACGUGCGAGUGUUGUUAACAACUUUGUUUGUUGUUGUAUAUCAUUUUUAGGAACAAAAGACUGAUCAGAAUCUCUUGGAACUGUAUUAUCUCCCGUCGCGAUGUUUAAAGAUCCAUGACAAUCUCAAAGUUUUGUGAUAUUAUGUGUAACCUCAAUCAUAAUUUUAAUUGUGCCAUAAAGUUGUUGUGUGGUAUGAUAACUGACAGAAAUAAAUCAGAUUCGACUGAUAUUUUCGUAGCUACUAAGAUGUAAUUUUGCUAUAAGAUUUUAGAUAUAAUUAUCUAUACAUAAUGGCAAGCUAUUUUGAUUGUUUUACGGAUUAGCUAACUGUUGUUAUAUUAGCAUUGAUAAGAUAGUGCAUAAACUGUAUUUGUUAAAUCGAUGAUUAGUUCCGCUCUUGUGAGUGGAGAUACUUUGAUGUUAGCAAGCUGUCUCGUACAAAAAUGAGACGUGACAUCAUUUAUGUUGUUAAAACAAAAUGUACAAGAUAGGUUGUGAUGCAAUUGGAUUAUACUUAUUGUGAGUAGGUUGUUACGAGGCUAUUGUGAUGAUGAAAUACAUAUUUUUAAUAAGUAGUGGACACUUUUUUGCAAUGUAUUGUUGAACGAUAUAGUAGCCGACUGUUUGUUAUAAAUCUGUAAAUGAUAUUAUCGA